CCUGCCGCGGAGGCCGCGCUCGCCCGAGCCGCGACAGUUCGCGGGUCAGACCCUGUUGACAUGUCGCCCGAGGACCCCCAGGAAACACAGCCGCUGUUGCGGUCGCCGGGCGCCAGGGCUCCCGGCGGCCGCCGGGUCUUCCUUGCCACCUUCGCCGCCGCCCUGGGCCCGCUCAGCUUCGGCUUCGCGCUUGGCUACAGCUCCCCCGCCAUCCCCAGCCUGCGGCGCACCGCACCCCCUGCCCUACGCCUCGGAGACACUGCGGCCUCCUGGUUCGGGGCCGUCGUGACCCUGGGCGCUGCGGCAGGGGGCGUGCUGGGCGGCUGGCUCCUGGACCGUGCAGGGCGCAAACUGAGCCUCCUGCUCUGCACCGUGCCCUUCGUGACCGGUUUUGCUGUCAUCACCGCGGCCUGGGAUGUGUGGAUGCUGCUCGGAGGCCGCCUCCUCACCGGCCUAGCCUGCGGAGUCGCCUCACUAGUGGCACCGGUCUAUAUCUCGGAAAUCGCCUACCCAGCCGUCCGAGGACUGCUCGGCUCCUGUGUGCAGCUGAUGGUUGUCACUGGCAUCCUCUUGGCCUACGUGGCAGGCUGGGUCCUAGAGUGGCGCUGGUUGGCUGUGCUGGGCUGUGUGCCCCCCACCCUCAUGCUGCUGCUCAUGUGCUACAUGCCCGAGACCCCACGCUUCCUCCUGACGCAACACCAGUACCAGGAAGCCAUGGCUGCCCUGCGCUUCCUGUGGGGCUCUGAGGAGGGCUGGGAAGAGCCCCCUGUUGGGGCUGAGCACCAGGGCUUCCAGCUGGCUAUGCUGAGGCGCCCUGGUGUCCACAAGCCCCUCAUCAUCGGCAUUUGCCUCAUGGUCUUCCAGCAGCUGUCAGGGGUCAACGCCAUCAUGUUCUAUGCCAACACCAUCUUUGAGGAGGCCAAGUUCAAGGACAGCAGCCUGGCCACGGUCACUGUGGGCAUCAUCCAGGUCCUGUUCACUGCUGUGGCGGCCCUCAUCAUGGACAGAGCAGGGCGAAAACUGCUUCUGGCCUUGUCGGGUGUGAUCAUGGUUUUCAGCAUGAGUGCCUUUGGUACCUACUUCAAACUGACCCAGAGUGGCCCCAGCAACUCCUCCCAUGUAGGCCUCCUGGUGCCCAUCUCCGCGGAGCCUGCUGAUGUCCACGUGGGGCUGGCCUGGCUGGCUGUAGGCAGCAUGUGCCUCUUCAUCGCUGGUUUUGCAGUAGGCUGGGGACCCAUCCCCUGGCUCCUCAUGUCAGAGAUCUUCCCUCUGCAUGUCAAGGGUGUGGCUACCGGUGUCUGUGUCCUCACCAACUGGUUCAUGGCCUUUCUGGUGACCAAAGAGUUUAGCAGCAUCAUGGAGAUCCUCAGACCCUACGGUGCCUUCUGGCUCACCGCUGCCUUCUGUAUCCUCAGCGUCCUUUUCACGCUCACCUUUGUCCCUGAGACUAAAGGCAGGACUCUGGAACAAAUCACAGCCCAUUUCGAGGGGCGGUGACGGACCCUUUCUGUGACUGGCAGCCCUGAGCUGAGCUGGCUUCGGGUUUCAAAAGGAGUGGAGUGGCCUCAGUGACCACAGUUUGAGCCCAGGGGCCCCCUGACUCCUCAGAUCUCCGGGCCAGCUUUGUCCAGAUCUCAACCCAGAUCCACACCGUGAGCUUCACCAGCUUCUGAGGCUCUGCAGCCUGCUGCACACACAGCACAUCCGCGGAGCCGUGCACUCGCCUGACCCACGAGUCUCCUCCUAAGACUAAAGCAACUCACGUGACUGAGGGCUCCUGGCUCCAGUGUUCUGGCUGGGGAUCUUUGGGGUGCUUGGUCCUAAGCAACUGCCCAUACCUCACUUGACUGGGGGAUGAGAAAUGGACUUAGCCACAUAAGAUCUGGGCUCAGAAACAAGGUCAGGUGAGCCCAGGAAGAAAAGAGAAUGUUCUUGUCUUGUCAACCAAGCCCUUCUCAGAGCGCCCAGAGACCUCCGGAUUCACCUUGGGGUUAGCCAGCUUACCCAUCACUUACAGGUUCUCUCCAGCCCUUCCCUGGGCUCAGUGUCCUGGGUCAUUAGUCACCAGGUCUUGUUGAGUUUCAGAAAAUAAAAGGCCUCUUUCCAUUCAACUUUAA